UAGCCGUAGAGAAAAUUUACAUCACUGAAAUGAAAAUUGAAAUAGAAUGUCAUCCCGCCACCGCAACCCGCCAUUUUCUCCCGCUGUAUUUCAAUUUCUUGCUCGAUUUGGGGGUCGAAUUCCAUACCGUCAGCAACUGGGUUCCGUCACAUACAAGUUUCCAAUCCUCGACCAACACUCAAUUCGAGUUCGUUUUCGGUUCAGUUGCUCGAGAUCGCCAUAUCUGCACCAUUUUAUCGGUUAUCUACAUUAUGGUGUCAGGCAUUUGCCUGAAGAACUUGCUUUAGGGUUUCGCCCAUUUGGCCACUCUGUUGAUUGAGUGUCUCGUGGACUAUUCUGGACGUUCUCUGUUAUUGGGUCAUUGAAUGCGAACAUUCGCGUGAUCUAUUGAAGGAUUGGGCGUUUGUGUUGUGAGUGGAAGGUUUAUGAUUUGGAGUUCUAAAAGCUGCGAGUAGACACUGUUUGGAGUCUGUACUGGUUAUUCGAACUCGGGUUGUUGAUUCUCCUUGGGGGAGUUAUUAUUGUAUCAGGCAUCCGUGUCAAUUCAAAUCUGAGGAAGAAAACAUGCGAGAAGAUCAAGGCAAUUCAGGGGAUCUCAAAUCUGGUGGUAAAUGUCCUAAAAUGAAUUGGUUGGAACAUUCGAAAGCACAUAAAGAUUUCACAUGCCAAAAGAAGUUUCUGUGCUCGAAUUUUCUCUACUCUCUAUCAGAACAAAAGCCUUCUACUAUAGGAGCAACUAAUUCUGGGAUUUUGGCCUGUCAGAUGCAGAAUACUCAAAGAAUACAAAGGUCACAGAUUGAAAAGGCUUGGAAUGUUCUUUCAAAUCUCCAGAUUUCAUCUAGACACUAUGCUAAACCUGGAAAAACUAGACAAGUGAAGGAUGUUUUUGCUGACUGUCCUCCAGGUCCUGGAAGAAUUACAUCAAAUAGUUUGUCUGAUGCCAACGCUAGUUCUCAAUAUAUGAAAAUACAUAAAAAUGUUAGUGAAUUUGGUGUUGAUGCAACUAAACCUUCAAGUUUCGUAUCAAAUCUCUCUGCAUCAUCAAGUAACAUUAAAGCUGUGGAAGACCAAAAUGGUGUAGAUGGGAAAAAUGUGGCCAGACCAUUGAUGGUCAAUCAUUCUCAUUCUCAGAGGGUAGAUGGCUCAUUCAAUUUUGCUAUUAACCAGAGAAACAACUGUUCCUCAUUUUUGGGGGAUGAGGAUGAUGACAUAAUAGAGAACAUUGACGUGGACCAAAUAGUUGAACAAUACCAAUCACAAUCAGCCUGCACACCCCAACCUUCGGUUUCUAAGCUCCCACCAAUUACUCCAAUAGUUGAGAAAGAUAAUUUUGCCAGACAAGAGGAAUCUAAUUUUCCAGAUGAAUUGUGCACGAAUUGCAGUCAUGGUUCCAAGAUAGGAUUAUGCCCAGAAGCUUCAGGCCAUUUACAGGAGAUGAAAGAUAUGCUAAUUUCUAUAUCAAAUGAUCUGCUCGAUAAUGUUAAUAACCUGAGCCCAGUGCAGAUAGAUAAGCUUCGGCAAGAAAGGGUACAUCUAAAUAAAGCAAUUCAGCUGCUAGAAAAACAUCUUUCUCUCAAUGCAGUUAACGAGGAAAGGCGAAGGUCUCACUUUUUGGCAACAACAGUAACUCCAAAGACUUUUCAUUUUGAAACACCUCAAGGAGUUGAGUUCAGGACUGAUUCAAAACAAAAUAAUUUUGAAGUUCAUCUACAAAGUGAGCUUAGAAGGAAUGAGCCAUGGAAUCCAAUGGUUUCAUCCUAUUCGGUUGAAAGGUUUGGAAUGUCAUCUGGUCCAGUGGAGAGAGAACAAUACAUUCCAAAGGUGGUUGAUGUCAACUACAUUGAAGGUUCUAAUGAAAAAAAGUGGAGCAGCCUGAAUUUUCCUUGGACAAAAAAGUUGGAGGCUAAUAACAAAAAAGUGUUUGGUAAUCAUUCAUUCCGUCCAAAUCAAAGAGAGGUGAUUAAUGCUACAAUGAGUGGGUAUGACGUCUUUGUUUUAAUGCCAACUGGAGGGGGGAAGAGCCUAACAUAUCAGCUCCCUGCUUUGAUUUGUCCUGGUGUAACAUUAGUGAUAUCUCCACUUGUGUCACUUAUUCAAGAUCAGAUCAUGCAUCUAUUGCAGGCAAACAUACCAGCUGCUUACCUAAGUGCCAAUAUGGAGUGGAGUGAGCAACAAGAGAUUCUUAGAGAACUGAGUUCUGAUUUCUCUAAAUUCAAGCUGCUGUAUGUCACGCCGGAGAAAGUUGCCAAAAGCGAUGUCCUUUUGCGACAUUUGGAGAGUUUGAAUGCCCGUGACUUGCUUGCCAGAAUUGUUAUUGAUGAAGCUCAUUGCGUGAGUCAGUGGGGGCAUGAUUUUAGGCCGGAUUAUCAGGGCCUUGGUAUCUUGAAACAGAAAUUCCCUAAAGUUCCAGUGUUAGCUCUAACAGCUACCGCAACAGCAAGUGUAAAAGAGGAUGUUGUGCAAGCUCUUGGACUUGUUAACUGCAUAAUUUUCCGUCAAAGUUUCAAUCGGCCAAAUUUAUGGUAUUCUGUGAUUCCAAAGGCUAAGAAAUGUGUUGAUGACAUUGAUAAGUUCAUCAAGGAGAACCACUUUGAUGAGUGCGGUAUUGUUUACUGUCUUUCAAGAAUGGACUGUGAAAAGGUUGCUGAAAAGUUACAGGAAUGUGGACAUAAAGCAGCCUUUUAUCAUGGUAGUAUGGAUUCUACCCAACGUGCCUUCAUUCAGAAGCAAUGGAGUAAAGAUGAAAUUAAUAUAAUUUGUGCUACAGUGGCUUUUGGAAUGGGUAUCAACAAGCCUGAUGUUCGCUUUGUUAUUCACCAUUCUCUUCCAAAGUCAAUUGAAGGAUACCAUCAGGAGUGUGGGCGUGCAGGCAGAGAUGGUCUGCGUUCAUCUUGUGUGUUGUAUUAUAGUUACAGUGAUUAUAUACGAGUCAAGCAUAUGAUUAGCCAAGGAGCAGCUGAACAAAGUCCCCAAGUAUCUGGAUAUAAUCGUACCAAUGUGGGCAGCUCCGGAAGGAUACUAGAGACUAAUACUGAAAAUCUUUUGCGGAUGGUCAGUUACUGUGAAAAUGAUGUUGAUUGCCGACGUUUGCUACAACUUAUCCAUUUUGGGGAUAAGUUUGAUCCUGAAAACUGCAAGAAAACAUGUGACAAUUGUUUGAAGUCCACAAAUCUUAUAGAGAAGGAUGUCACUGAUAUUGCUAAGCAAUUGGUUGAACUGGUGAGGUCAAUAAGGCAGCAAUUUUCAUCCGCUCACGUACUUGAAGUCUACAGGGGUUCCAUGAGCCAGUUUGUAAAAAAACAUAGACAUGAGAGUUUGAGUCUGCAUGGAGCUGGAAAACACCUUUUGAAAAGUGAAGCUUCCCGCAUAUUGCAUCAUCUUGUUAUUGAGGAUAUUCUUACAGAAGAAGUGAGGAAGAGUGAUAUUUAUGGGUCUGUCUCAUCCUUACUGAAGGUGAACGAAUCCAAGGCUCACAAUCUUUUCAAUGGAGGGCAGCGAAUAUUAUUAAGGUUUCCAUCAAGUGCAAGAACAAAUAAAUUGAGCAAAUCUGAAGCGACUCCAGCCAAAGGUUCUCUGGUAUCUGGAAAAAUAUGUUCCCAUAUUGAUACUCCGGUACAACCUCAAUCAGAAAUUGACGUGGGACUCUCAGCAAAAUUAUAUUCUUCUUUGCGGAUGCUCCGAACUAAUCUCGUUAAAGAGGCUGCAGAUGGUGUUAUGGCAUAUCAUAUAUUUGGUAAUGCCACAUUACAGCAGAUAAGCCGAAAAGUUCCCAGAUCAAAAGAAGAAUUACUUGAUAUCAACGGCAUUGGCAAGGCUAAGGUAAGCAAGUAUGGAGACCGUAUUUUGGAAACCAUAGAAUCUACCAUCAAGGAAUUCUAUGGGACAGAGAAAAAUGGAAGCAACAGUAAUGACAGUAAUGAUUCUGCAAAGAGAAGAAGAGAUGGAAAUAAAGAUGCAGAUGAAUAUUUAGAGGACAAUGAUGUCACUAAAAGCUUUGAUAGAUCAAAGAAGAGAGCAACAAAAAUUCAGAACAAAGUUCCCAAGAUUCAUAGUUCUUUGGAGCCAGAAUGUUUGGAUCACUUUGUUGACAGUGAGAUGGAUUUUGAUGACAGUUAUUAUGAAACUCGCGACUUGGACGUAAAGGAUGACCAGGAUCAUCGUAACGGUGGAAGAGUGCUACCUUCAUGGUCAUAACAGAAAUUCUGGUGGUGAAACUUGAUACCUAUAUGCUUUGAGAUGAAAGAUAGAUCAUUGCUCCAUCGUCCAAAUUUUGAAUGUACAUAACUGAAGGUGGGGCCACCCCUGAAGGGGGUGAAGAAACUAAAAAGCGACUUCUUUUUAAUCUUUCGAGUCAUGUUGAAUCGGUCGUUCAAGAUUUUUGGUCUUUUCAGCUAUGUCCCUCAAUGGCUGGGAGUGUAUUAAGACAUGUAUGGAGAUUCAACUACAAGAUCACAAGCAGAGAAUCAAUUGGCAAAAAAUUCACUUCUUACAGCUGAAGGAGAGUAUCAACUUGAAACAUUCAAAGAAGACCUAUUUGUAAAAGUUCAACAGAGCCUCAACAAAUGUCCUUUUCAAGAGGUAAUUGAUGUUAAAGGUGUUAAAGAGUUACUAUAGCCCAAAUGGUAAAUAUUAAUUGAAGGUUAAUGUAUUAUUGGUACUUUAUAUUUGAAUAAUAGUUGCAUAGAAUAUAUGCUUAAAUUAAUUGUAUUAUGUUUAGAUUUGCACUAGACGAAGAGUUGACAUUUAAAAGAAUGUAUAUAUUCUAAAAUGUACAC